AUGAGAUUUAAUAAGCAGGAAUUAAGUGCUCUAGCAUCUUUAACAUCGCAAAGUUAUGAUAAAGAAGGUGUAAUGGUGCUAAAAGAAAAACAAGACGGCUUCUUUCGUCGCUCGGAAGGUUGUUCUAUUCGUUGGUUUCGUCUUAAGGGCAAUUUACUAUUUUAUUUGAAAGGUCCAGAACCUUGGUAUGAAUCAGUAGGAUUUAUUGUGUUAGGCCAACAUAAAAUCCAUAUACAGACUCAAGAUGAAAAUGGUUACUGGCCAUUUCAUUUGGUUUGGGAGAAUGGUAUUUGCUAUAGAUUGGCAACAUUUCAUGAAUCAGAGCGCACAUUAUGGCUAAAGGCUAUUCACAUGGCCCCUUAUGAUGUAAUAUGUUCACAAGCUGUUGCGCUUCGAGAAAAACUAAACAGAAUAAGAGCUAUUACAGACAUAACAACAUACAGGUUGCAGAAAGGAAUUGUUUUAGAUAUGAAUGAAGUGCCCUUAUGUGAGUUGGCUUUAUCCUGUGAUAAUCUUCUGUGUGAUGCCUAUGGGUGUGCACCCUCUCCAGUUAUUGUUAUUUAUGUUAAAUAUUCCAAAGGGCUUUGUGUGAAGUAUGGCACAACUGAAAUAGUAGAUUCAUGCAGCAACCCAUGUUUCUCCAAGACAAUACUAUUUCGAGCUAGUGAUGGACUGUCAAGAGAUGCUGUAGUGAAAAUAGUUGUGUAUGAUGUCAAAGAAAGGGUAUCAGAAACAUCAGUUCUAAUGGGUUUCACAUCAUUACAACUAAGCACUAUACAGGAAGCCCAGAGACUAAGGGUGGCAUUAAUGACAAGAGAAAAUAAAACAGUUGGUUUUGUUACAAUAAAUGGAUGGAGUUUAGAACCAUCUUACAUAGGCACAAGUCCAAAUCAUACAAAUGAUAAAAAUUGCAUAGACAUACCACAAAAAUUGCUAUGUCAUCGCCGUUCUCAGUCUUUACCUCCAAGGUUAGGCUUGAAAUUAAAGUUUCCGUCAUAUGGAAACCUUUUAAAGCAGAAUUUCGUCAACAGUCACCAAGUUACAUACAGAUUUCAUUCUGGGCUAGGAGGCGAUAUCACUGUGCAUGAAAUAAUGGCUGAACCAAAGCUAUGCUAUCAAAUUCCAAUACAGCUACUAGACAUUUAUAUUCAACGAGAAAAGGAGCUUUUGGAGGAAUUGUUAUCAGUUGGAAAUAUUUGUGGGCAUUGGCAAACAAGACAAUUAGAUUUGGCUGGCACCCAUGUCUCUCUAUUGAAGCACUACUGUCAUUCAAAGAGGUGCUUGCAACAAGCCGAACACGCAUAUUUCAAAGCCAGUUCUAGAAAGGAUGAUUCUAGUUUGGAAUUUGCACCAACAAAUUUGCAUCUGCAACGGAUGUGGGUGUACAAUGACACUCUGAAUAAAACAGGUUUUCAUGACGUCAUCACUGCUGGAGCAUUUGCUGCUCACACUCACAAAGCAGAGAGAACUGGUGGUCUUAUAAGACUAGUUCAACAAGUUAAGGACAUAAGCAACACGAAAGCGGCUGCUAAUUAUGCGGCUGCGAAUAAAAUCCAGGCUGAAUAUGAUAAUGUGAUUGCUUUAUUGCGUCUGAGAGAUGAAAUUAUGUCCGAUAUUGACAGGAUAAUAGUACUUUUACAAGCCAAUCAGAGGGAUAAAGUUAUACAUGUAACUGAAGUUAUAAAGGCCAAAGUUAAAAGCAUGUUGGCACUGUGGGAACCGGGUGUGGUUGAAGAAUCUUUAGCAAUCAUAGGAUGGCCUAAACACAAUUGUGAAGAUACUGAAAAUCAAACAUUACUAACAAUUCUUCGUUUAACUGAACAACUGAAUAUGUUUGAUGCUAAUUCCGAUUGCGAGAACUUUGACGCGUCUUCUAGUUCGAGUUCCAAGGACACCUCACCGACCAUCGACGUGGUAUCAUUCCCCACAGGCCUGCAUAACAUAAGCAACAGCAAUCCAAAAUUGGAUACAAAGAACAACCACUUUGAAUUGCAAUUCUUUAACGAUUACUUCAACAGCGAGGAACGUAAUAAAUUGAACCAUUCGUUCAGAUCGGUUCGGUCACCAACGAAACCGAAAUUGAAUGAUGCUCACAGUUUUUCAUUCGAUUCUAACCGACCAAGGCAUGGUAGUUUGAGGCAUGAUUUUAAGAGUACGGCAUCAUUGGAACAAGUUUCAUACAGAUGCCUGAUGGAAAGUUUGAGCGGGAUGGAUAAGAAAAAGAGUGGCGAUGUACGGAAGGAGUCUUCAUCUUUACCGAGUAUAGGACAAAUUGAUUCAACCACUAGAGAGGGAAAUCUAGCGUUCUUAAAGAGUGUAUGGUCUGAUGUGGAAACUGCAAUGACCUUGGUGUUAGAGGCAGCUGUUAAUUACACGGAGAGAGACGAAGAUGUUACGGACGAGGAUUUGGAUUGUUUGAAAAAUUUGAGCGAGCGUUGCAAGCUGUCAGCUGAUGUGUUGUGUCGUUGGGCUCGUGUGUCUCACGCCGCGUUACGUCUGAGAUGCGAGUCACCGGCUUGGGGCAAAGAGAACGCGGCGCUUCAUAUACGUAGAGAUACCUGCUUCUCACAAGCUUUGUCAACCCUAACAGCUGGUCUGCUCUGCUGGUUCUGUUCAGUGCCGAGCGACACAGUCGUGAGGGUGUUGACUUCGGAACUUGGGCCUCUGUGUGAGUUUGAGGGUCUACUGAGCCUUUAUUCAACCGAGAAAGCCAUGUGGGGUGACAUGGUGGUAGCCGUUGAAGACCUACAGACUGUUGUUUUCACUCUCACUAAAGUUGGGCACAGCAAUAUGUCUAUACCACAAGUGUCUGGUAACAGGGGAAACAUAACCGUUCAAAUACCAGUGUCGGAUUCAUUGUACAAUAAAUUUACUAAUAAAGAGCAUUUGAGCUUCACAAUCACAGCUGUGUUUUUCAAUAUUGGUAUCAACGAAAAAGCCACAUUGGCGGAGGCCCUCGGAGAAACAACACCUCAAUAUCACUCUAAUAACGAUAACCUUGAUCGACUUUUCAAAUAUUAUUACAAGUACAACAAGAUUUUCCCCACCGAUCCUACAGCACCUAACAGAGCGUCGUCGAGAACAAAACCAUUGGAAGAAGUUAUGGAGAACCUAAGAAUUUCUGUACAUAAGAAAAUACCAAAGAAUGUAGAAGUACUUCAUCUAGCUGCUUUGGCAACGAGACUUAUGAAUGGUAUAAGAUUCACGUCGUGUAAGAGCGCCAAGGACAGGACUGGAAUGUCAGUGACAUUGGAACAAUGUUCUGUGUUGGCAUCUGAGUAUCAUCUCGCUGAGCACGAGAUGAAGAAAGCAUUGAGCAUUAUGAGAAGCGAGGGAUGUCGUCGGGAAAAUACAUACAAAAAUAUAGGUGUACGGAAAUACGCGUUCACUAAGAAGCAAAUGAUGGCGCUUCCUGAGGAAUACAGACCACCGACCGGCAGUUACGGGUCGUCGCAGACUUAG